AUGUCUCGCCAUACCCAGUACCGCCCUCCGCGCUCGUCUACACCGCCUACAGGCCGUCCGUUUGAGCUUCGCAUUCCCACAGCACCGGAUGUGCCGCAUUACAAGUCAGUGUUGACGCCGGUCUCUUUCUUGCUGCGUGCGGCUUUAACACGGCCCACCAAGCUGGCGAUUGUGCAUCCAGAGCGUGGAUACCACUUUACCUACGAGGAAUGGGCGGCGCGUGUACUGAGCCUUACCAUGGCACUUCUACAUGUCCCAGGGUGGAAACGAGGCGACCGCGUAGCGAUGAUCUGCCCCAAUGUGCCUAUGAUGGCCGACGCGCAUUACGCUGUCCUUGCGGCAGGCGGUAUUCUGACGCCACUCAACUACCGCAACUCCAAGAAGGAAAUUCACUGGAUUCUCCAGCACUGCCAGCCGAGUGUAAUCAUGGUCGAUGAGCAGUACGUAGACCUUGUACCGCUCGAUGUUCCAUCGUCAGUCAAGGUUGUUGUGUCGAAGGAUUCUGGCGGUCAGGACCCAUCCGAUGCGUACGAAGCAUUCUUGGAUGAAGGGUACCAGCAUUGGCAAGCCUCGAAUCGCAGUGGUCCUUUGGAUUGGCUCGCCGUGCCGCCAGUCCAGGAGGAAGAUGCGACUUGCUCGCUGUGCUACACGUCAGGAACCACAGGUCACCCCAAAGGUGUGGAAACCACCUUGCGUGGCAGCUACCUGUCGGCUCUGAGCAAUGUCAUCGAGUCCAAUGUGACAGGCGAGAGUGUGUAUUUGUGGGUCCUGCCUAUGUUCCACUGCUGCGGGUGGACCUUCCCUUGGGCGAUGAGUGCCGCUAUGGGUACACAAUAUAUGCUGCGAAGUGUCAAUUACGACAGGAUUUGGGAUGCUUUACUGCAUGGUGGUGUGACGCAUUAUUCUGGCGCGCCUACUGUGCAGCUGGGUGUGGUGAAUCAUCCGAAAGCAUGUCGUCUUCCUCAGCGUGUAUGUGUGACUGUGGCUGCGAGUGCGCCUACAGCCACGCUCCUACGCCGUAUGGAGUCACUGAACCUACUACCUAUGCAUUUGUAUGGCCUCACAGAGACGUAUGGCCCAUCGUGCCGUCGCUUCUUUGAGCCUGCGUGGUUGGCUUUGCCGAUUGAAGAGCGGGCCAAGGAGCAGGCCAAACAAGGGCACGCCUAUGUCACCGGGGACGAAGUGCGUGUCGUGCGCCGCGAUGUGCCACCUGGUCAGCCCUUGCAAGAUGUGGCGCGGGACGGCAAAGAGCUAGGUGAAAUUGUGAUGCGAGGCAAUAUUGUCAUGAAGCAGUAUUACAAGGACCCGACAGCGACCUCGAAUGCAACGCAUGGCAACUAUUUCCAUACGGGCGACUUGGCUGUGCGUCAUCCAGGCGGCGAAGUACAGAUUCUUGACCGUGGCAAGGAUAUCAUUAUCUCGGGCGGCGAGAACGUUUCAUCGCUGAUGGUCGAAGAGGAGUUGGCAGCGCAUCCAUGGAUCGAAGAGUGUGCUGUCGUCGCGCGUCCUGACCCGAAGUGGGGCGAAUGCGUGCAUGCAUUCGUGAAGCUCAGUGCAGUAGGACGCCAAACUCUUGCAGACCAAGGCGCAAAGAAGACAGAGAUGCUCAGCAGCGAAGUCACGGCGUUCUGUCGCGUCAAGAUGAGUGGCUUUGCAGUCCCAAAAUGGUUCACGAUCCUGGACGAACUUCCCAAGUCCAGCACAGGCAAGAUCCAAAAGAAAGAUUUGCGCACGCGCGUCGCCAAGUUGUAG